AUGUCCGUCCCCAAUCUUCUCGACGCCACUGCCACGCGAGAAUCCCUGGAAUACUUUCUCAACGCCGGCUUCGACGAGGUCGACACGUCCAUCCUCUACGAGAAAGCGGGGACGGAAGCAACUCUAGGCAAGAUCGGUAUGUCCCGGUUCAAGGUCGCGGCGAAGGCCAACCCCUGGCGGAAGGAGGACGGCAGCCAUGACUUCUCCUCGUCCACCUACGGCCUCAGGCCCGGGCUGGUCAAGGAGCAACUCCGCCGGUCCAUCCGAGCGCUGGGGGUGCCGUCGGUGGAGCUUUUUUACCUUCACGCCCCGGACCACAACACGCCCAUCGAAGCGACUCUGAUGGCUGUGCACGAGCUUGGGGAAGAAGGUCUGUUCCAUGAGUGGGGCCUGUCCAACUACGCCGCCGGUGACGUGUUGGACAUCUGGCGCAUCUGCAAGGUGAACGGGUGGCGAACGCCUUCCGUGUAUCAGGGAAUGUACAACGCCGUCACGAGGGACGUGGAGCGGGAGCUGCUGCCAGUCCUCAAGAAGCUCCGGAUGCGUUUUUACGCGUACAACCCCCUCGCUGGCGGUCUGCUAACGGGAAAGCACAAGUUUGAGGAGUCCUCCAAAACGGGUCGCUUCGGCACCAGCACCGCCUGGGGGGCGAUGUACAGGAGCCGGUAUUGGCACAAGUCCUUGUUCGAUCAAAUCGACCAGCUUAAGGUUCUCUGCGACAAGCACAGGACCGACCUUGUGUCGGCUUCUUUCCGGUGGAUGCGUCACCAUUCGAGCCUCAGCGGGGAUCUUGGAGAUGCCGUGAUCAUCUGUGGAUCUUCGGUGGCGCAAGUGAAGAGCAACAUCGACGCCUGCAGCGAUGAGAAACCUCUCCCGAAGCUCCAGGAGCUUGUUGACGGCUUUGAAGCGGCAUGGCAAUCGGCCAAGCUGCACUGCCCACCGUAUGUUCUCAAAGUUGGAGGCACCGCCGAGGGACGGCAAGUGCAGAGCACAGGGUGA